AUGUAUGCUGGCAAUGCCAUUGCCACUGUAAAAAGCAGCGAUACUGUGAGACUUUUGACAUUCCGGCAAACCGCAUUUGAGGCUGCUGCUGAAUCCUCAAGCGCAGCACCAACAGAGACGUUGGGUGCAGCAACCUAUGCUGGAGCAGGCAUUCAGUGGUUGAAGGACUCUGAGGCUACCAGCGACAAGCCGCAGCUGAGUAGCGCCAGCCGCGUGGUUGCAGGAGGGCGUGGUCUCAAGAAUGGUGAAAACUUUGAGAAGGUCUUGGAGCCGCUUUGUGACAAGCUGAAGGCUGCACUGGGAGCUUCACGGGCAGCGGUGGACGCUGGCUUUGUCCCCAAUGAGCUGCAGGUGGGCCAGACAGGAAAGGUUGUGGCCCCGCAGCUUUACAUUGCCGUGGGCAUCAGCGGUGCCAUCCAGCACCUAGCAGGAAUGAAGGAUUCCAAGACCAUUGUUGCCAUCAACAAGGAUGCGGAUGCACCGAUUUUUCAGGUUGCAGACUAUGGUCUUGUUGCCGACCUCUUUGAGAGCGUUCCCGAGCUGACCAGCAAGGAGGGCUACGAUGAUAAGGCUCGUCCCAUGGUGGACUUGUUGCUGGUGGUUGAUGACGAGGACUUGGAAGACUGGCAUGAAAGAAACCUCCAAGCACAGCCAGAGCACUACUCUGGUUUGGCCCGAUACCUGGGCUCGGCUCCAAUUUGCCGACUGCAACGAUGGGGUCCUGGCGUGUUGUACUUGCCAGAGGUGCAGCUAAUGACAGUUGAAGGAAGUGUGCUCAAUGCAAAGUACGGUGUCAUCACAUUUCGAGAUUUGCUAUUUGAUUUGGAACAUUGGUCUUCCUUGUACAUCGCUGGCAGGAUGCAGAAGCCCUUCGUGCACACAUGGCAUUAUGAUGGUUUGGAUGACGAAGACAUUUUUGAUGCUGCUGUAGUGCAAAAUCGGCGGUCGGCGUUAGCUGCUGCGCUGCUGAGUGUGGCAAGAGAUCACUUGGACGUACGCUCGUUGCUGGCUUCAGUUGUGGGGCUGUCGUACAGCGGUGACAUCCGCGUGGGGUUGGCAGAGAACCCACACAAGGUCUCCAACAUUGUGAAUGCCCAGCAAGAUCUUCUGUGGGCCAUUUAUCGGCCACUGGCUGCAGAGCUUGAGGUUGAUGUUUCAGAGGCCACUCUCGAAGAUGGGUUGCAAGGGGUCGUCCGCUUUGACGCGUCACCUGCCGGACAUCGUCGCCUUUUCUCUGCUUUGCCAGAAGCAGUGAGGCAGAAGGCAUUACAGGCUGGAUCUCAAGAGCCUGGCUUGCCGCUACGCCGUACCCUUCAAGCAACGGUGCGCCAAGCUUCUAUGCAGCAGGCCGUGAAAGGUGUGCUAAGUUCUGGUGUGACCAGAAGUUUGCGCUAUGUGUUGCAAAAGGUAGCGAAGCGUUUUCGGUAG